UCCCUCCAUGGACAUAUGCAGGUACAUGAACGUGGGAAGGAUGGAAGUGGCACAGGCCUCUCAAGGUCAGAGGACUGGAAGUUUAAGGGGACACGCAAGUGUAGUCGUUGUGAAGAGGGAUUUGAUGUGCCUGAGGAACUGCAGAGACACAUUGCUGAGUGCCAUCCAGAGUGCUCUCCACCUGUGGAAGGAAGUCUUGGACCUGGACUACAGUGUAUCUACUGCCACGAGCCAUUUCAUGAUGAGAGUACACUGCUAAGUCACAUUGAUCAAGCACACAGCCGUGACAGAAAAAGUCGCACUUGUGCUGUGUGUUCGGAGCAUUUUGCCACCGUGGAGGAGCUGUACACUCACAUGGAUGUCCACCAGCUCCCUGAGUCCAGUAACCAUAGCAAUAGCCCCUCUCUGCUCACAGUGGGCUACACCUCUGUAUCAAGCACCACCCCGGACUCAAACUUAUCAGUGGAUAGCUCAACCAUGGUGGACACUGGCCCCACUAUGCUCAAGACCCGUGGGAGACGGAAGAGAGCUGUGCAGUCUUCUGACAUCUUAGGACGAUCUGCCAAACAGUCAAAAGUCUCAUACAGCUGCAUCUACUGCAACAAACAUGUGUUUUCCAGUCUGGCUGUCCUUCAGAUACACAUGAAGACCAUGCAUCUGGACAAGCCAGAACAGGCUCAUACCUGUCAGUUUUGCUUAGAGGUACUGCCUUCCUUAUACAACUUGAAUGAGCAUUUGAAGCAGGUCCACAAUGCUGAGGAUUCCUCUGCCCUGUUAACCCAACUGUCUGAUGCCUUGCUACAAUGUAACUUCUGCCCAGAGAUGCUAGGAGACCUCAAUGCCCUACAGGAACACAUCCGUUGUUCACAUGGUUUUCCAAGUCCAGUUGCCAAGGAAAGCAAUGCCUUCUUCUGUCCCCAGUGCUUCAUGGGAUUCCUCACAGAAGCCACCUUAGAGGAACAUGUUCGGCAGACCCACUGUGAUUCAGGCAGCCUACACUUUGACUCUCCUUUAGCUGUCACUCCCAAAGAUCCCAUCGUGGAAGUCUACUCUUGCUCAUACUGUACCAACUCGCCCAUCUUCAACAAUGUCCUAAAGCUGAACAAGCAUAUCAAAGAGAACCACAAGAACAUUCCUCUGGCACUGAACUACAUCAACAAUGGGAAGAGAUCUCAUCAUGCCCUCAGCCCCUCAUCGCCUUUAUCAGUGGAACAAGGAGCACUCCUAAAACAGGGUGGCACCUCCACACGUUCAACAAGUGAAUUCAUCUGCAACCAGUGUGGUGCUAAAUACACAAGCCUUGAUUUAUUUCAAACACACCUGAAAACUCACCUUGAUGGCAUGCUUCCACAGCUCACCUGCCCACAGUGCAACAAAGAUUUUCCUAACCAGGAUUCGCUACUGAAGCACGUGACUGUACACUUCACCCUCACCUCCACCUAUUACAUCUGUGAAAGUUGCGACAAACAAUUCACAUCUGUAGAUGACUUGCAGAAGCACCUACUAGACAUGCAUACCUUUGUCUUCUUUCGCUGUACCCUUUGUCAGGAAGUGUUUGACUCCAAGGUGUCCACUCAACUCCACUUAGCUGUGAAACACAGCAAUGAGAAGAAGGUCUACUGCUGCACCUCUUGCAAUUGGGACUUUCGACAUGAGGCUGACCUUCAGUUACAUGUCAAGCACAGCCAUCUCGAGAAUCAGGGCCGAGCCCACCGCUGUAUUUUCUGCGGUGAAUCCUUUGGCACAGAGGUGGAGUUGCAGUGCCACAUCACAACACACAGUAAAAAGUACAACUGCCGGUUCUGCAGCAAGGCCUUCCAUGCUAUCGUCAUGCUGGAACGCCACCUGCGUGAAAAGCAUUGUGUAUUCGAGGGGAAGGCCCAGAACUGUGGCACUAACGGGUCUACUGCUGCUGGGAAUGAUUCAGUUGCCAAAGAUGAUGCUGAGCUGCAGGGCCUUAUGACCAAUAGCCAUGGAGGAGCUGUGGUUGGGGAGUCUCACAACAGUCACGAUGGCAGUGAAGAGGAUGUGGAUACCUCUGAGGUCAUGUACAGCUGUGACAUCUGUGGUGCCUCAUACACCAUGGACUCCCUUCUAACCAACCAUCAGCUCCGUGAUCACAACAUCCGUCCAGGGGAGAGUGCCAUUCACAAGAGGAAGGCAGAGAUGAUUAAGGGGAGUCACAAGUGUAAUGUCUGUUCCAGGACCUUUUUUUCUGAGGCUGGCCUCCGGGAACAUAUGCAGACCCAUCUUGGGCCUGUCAAGCAUUACAUGUGUCCCAUUUGUGGUGAGCGCUUCCCUUCACUGCUCACUCUGACUGAGCACAAGGUGACCCAUAGCAAGAGUUUAGACACUGGCAGUUGUCGAAUCUGCAAACUGCCACUGCAGAGUGAAGAAGACUUUCUUGAACAUUGUCAGAUGCACCCUGAUCUACGCAACUCCCUGACUGGGUUCCGCUGUGUGGUUUGCAUGCAGACUGUCACCUCCACCCUGGAACUAAAGAUACAUGGCACUUUUCACAUGCAGAAGACUGGUGCAGUUUCCACCAAUCACCCAGGUACCCGGACUGCCAUUACACACCCUCAGCACCACCAGAGCCAGAAGCUCUUUAAAUGUGCCUCCUGUCUUAAAGAGUUCCGUUCUAAGCAGGACCUCGUAAAGCUGGACAUCAAUGGGCUGCCAUAUGGCUUGUGUGCCUCUUGUGUUAGCUCUGCUGGCAGUAAGAGCUCCAGCCCAACAGUGAAUGGUGGAAAGCAGCAGCAUCAACAAGUGGUACAAACAUCUGCUAUUACUGGAGCCACAUGGGGCCAAGGGGAGAGUCUUAGCCCAAGUGAGGUGAAGGGAAAGGCUACCUCUUCCUCUUCAUCAUCCUCCUCUUCAUCAUCUUCCACUGUUGCCAAGACGCGAUGCUCCACCUGCAAUGUGAAGUUUGAAUCAGAGACAGAGCUACAGAUCCAUUUCCAGACAGUGCACAGGGAGCAAACAGGAGAUCCCAGCAGUGGUCAGGUCAGAACUCCACAGAUGUCCCCCAUGCUCAGAGUUAGCCCAUCACAAAGUGAAGAGAAAAAGACGUACCAGUGCAUCAAGUGUCAGAUGGUUUUCUACAGUGAAUGGGACAUUCAGGUGCAUGUGGCGAAUCAUAUGCUCGAGGAGGGGCUGAACCAUGAAUGUAAACUUUGCAGUCAGACAUUUGACUCCCCGGCCAAACUUCAGUGUCACCUCAUUGAACACAGCUUCGAAGGCAUGGGCGGCACCUUCAAAUGUCCUGUCUGUUUUACAGUGUUUGUACAAGCGAGUAAACUUCAGCAGCACAUUUUCUCAGCACACGGUCAGGAGGAUAAGAUCUAUGACUGCUCUCAGUGCCCACAGAAGUUUUUCUUUCAGACUGAGCUUCAGAACUGA